CUGCAGCUCUCUGGACUGUUUGAUCUGACUAUACUCUUGACUUGCUUUGUAUUUCACAUGAUAUCCUGACGCGCGCAUUUAUGUUGUUCUACAUAGAUUCCUGGAGCCUGCCAUAGAAGGCAACCUCAACGCCACCUUGCAUAGAUCCCCGCCAGAGCCACCCCUCACCUCAACAUAGCUCCUUAUGACGCUCGAACUUCACUUCCUCUGAGUAGACACAUUGUAAUACUGCGACACAGACUGCUGCGAUACGUUCGUGGCUAGGCAAUUCAGACCGACGUCACGCUGCUUCACUCCGUCCACGUGAAAGAGCACAAGAUCACCGGGGCAUCCACCGCGCGUGCUUGCGCGUAGGCUAGUGGUAACAACUGUGGCGCACAACCUCUCCCCAGAUACUCACUCAGAAUGGAGGAAGGUAGUAUGCAGCUGCAGCCAGGACGCAGCCUGGGCUUCAUGACACUCGGUUGCUCCCUACAUGACAUCCUUACAACGAUCAAAGCCGAAGUCAAGGCGUUUCCGCGAUUUCAACUCUACCACGAUGAUCUCCGGCCUAUCUCGUCGCCCGUACAACUCGUUCUACCCGACAACGGUCUGCGGCUGCAGUUCGAUGGCCCUGACCAGCGGUUGCGGCUGAUCGAAGUACUCGACUUUACAAAGGCUCGACUAGUGUACAAAGACAUCGAGGUGUUCAAGCCUGCAGAUAUGCAUGGCGGCGUGGCAGGGCCCAGGUUCAGGCAUAUCUAUGACAAGCUGCUGGGACCCACCUAUGGCGGAGAAUACAUACCGCCCAAGUCUGAUGACCCAAAUGCAAGAGGGACAUAUAACCUGUCAUACCCUGGCAUUGCAUUUAACUUCCCAGUACAACACUCUGCGUACUCACCGAAGAAGGAUUUCAUCUCACUGUUGUCAUCCUCCGCCACGGGCCCUGCAACCGCUAUGGCAGUAUUCAGCGGAGAGUCGUGGCAAAAGGCUCGGGCGACACUGUUCACAGCAACUCCUACAAAUCCUAGGUCUUCGGCACUCGUUGGUACUAAAGGUACAGGAGGUGGGCCCGACGAGAUAGAAGUCGUCAAAGUACACGGCGAAGGGAAGGUCGAGCUCGUCAGACGAACAAGUCCUCCGUUCUGGAUAGUCCUCAGCGAAACAACACCUCAAGAUCUCAUCAUGGAGCUUGGAGCGCCGGAUUCUAUCUACCGCAAAAACGACCAUCGACUAUCAAUACACAAAGACCGAACGACCAGCGAUGCAUCUGACCACUCGCCUGGGGGGUUGACACCUGAGGACAUGCUGGACUCAGACCGUGGCUCUGCGAUUGGUAAAGAUGACGAAGAAGACUGGGAAGAUGAUGACGAUGCGGCGCUCGAAGCUCAAGAGCGAGAAAUCGCUGCAGCAGAGCACUUCUACAACUACUACCAUCAUGGCUUUGACAUAUUGAUUUCGCAACCAACACAGAUAUCCCCACCCUCGCCCACAGCAGAGCGCAAAGAGUCGGAUCUUCACGACGAAGGUGAACUCAGUGCGCAGCCACUCAACCACUUGACCGUAACUAAGAUCAUAUUCCAUGGCAAUAUACCAGGCUCGUACCAGUUCAACAGGCACAGGAGAAGCAGAUGGACAUUGGAACAUGUCCCCUCAGCGCAGUACCGAGAAGCUCUGAACUCUGAGAUGCGCUUCAGCGACAUCUCAGGUCGGCUCAAAGAAGUUUUCAAGACUUACUACGACAACGAGGAACAGGAGCGGUUGCAACAACGCGGUAUGGCUCUCAACAGAGGCUGGGGCGACAGUCCUGGCAGUAGUUGUGAGCUUCUUGGAGGCUGGGAGGAUGCAUCUGGCAGGAGAAGCAAGUUUGCAAAUGCUGGGAGUGUUAUGGUGGAUGGUGCUACAGAUGUCGGCAACGUGGAGCUGUUUGGGUUUCCAGGAAUGGUGUUCGAGGUGCUGAAGAACGGCGCUGUAAGCUCUCUGACUGUGUACUGAGGCGCAGGUGUGAGUCAAGGAAGGUACCAUGGUUGGUUGGGUGACUCAAAGAAGUCAGCGUAUAGAAU